AUGAAAGGCACAUUCGUCAUUACUGGCGCCAAUGGGGGACUUGGUUCCAAUCUCGUCUCUCAAUUUCUCAGAUCCCCUUAUGCCAAAGACUACAAAGGCCUCUUCGCGGUCCGCAAUCCUGCCUCAGUGGACACCCUCAAGAAUGUUCUCGCCGGUUCAUCAAACGCAAACGAUCAUGAGAUAAUUGCCGUAGAUCUUAGCUCUCUUGCCAGCGUCCACACUGCCACCAACGAUCUAAAUCAGCGAGUAGCGUCUGGCUCGAUUCCUCGCAUUCUUGCUGUAGUCCUUAAUGCGGCUUUACAGCCACCGAUGACGGUCUGGAGGCUAUCUUCGCUGUCAACUACCUUUCACACUUCUUGUUUACCAACCUGCUACUCCAGAGCAUGGACCCAAUGGGCCGCAUUGUCAUUGUCUCCAGCUGGACUCAUCAUCCUUCCCAUUAUAUGA